CGAACCCCUUAAGCUGACUUCGGUUCACUUACAGGGAUUCAGAUCGAUCCCUUUUAACCUUCCCCGCCAGGCAGGAUCUUAUAUCUUGUCUACUUAUCUCUUGUCUCCUUUGUCUCAACAAUAGACUACACCUUACUCUACACCUUACUCUACACCUUACUCUACACCACACUUACCUCUAUACUACUAUACUACUAUACUAUUAUACUACUAUAUUACCAUGUCCCCCAGUCAUCGUCGUGGUCCUUGGGUCCCAGAGGAAGACCAGCUGCUGCUUCAGCUGGUGCGCGACCAGGGUCCCAACAACUGGGUGCGCAUCUCCCAGCACAUGCACUGCCGAUCGCCCAAGCAGUGUCGCGAGCGCUUCCAUCAGAACCUCAAGCCCUCGCUGAACCGCGAGCCCAUCUCCGCCGAGGAAGGCCUGAUGAUCGAGCGCAUGGUCAACGAGAUGGGCAAGCGCUGGGCUGAGAUUGCUCGCCGCCUCGGCAACCGCAGCGACAACGCCGUCAAGAACUGGUGGAAUGGCAGCAUGAACCGCAAAAAGCGCGGCCUUCAUUCCCACCGGCCUUCUACCAGUUGGUCGAGAUCACGAAUGCAUUUUGACAUCAGCAGCAGCAGCAGCAGCAGCAGCAGUAGCAGUAGCAGCAGCGCCAACCCUGCUCGUCGGAAUUCUUCUGCUUCCAUCUCUUCUUCUCACCACCACCAUCUUACCCCCAUCUUCACUACUCUACACACCCUCAACCGCCCCGUGGAGGCGCCUUUGACCUCGCCGGCUUUCUCCGUGGCCUCGAAUGCUCCCUCCAUGGAACUGCCGGCUCUGGUCUCGGACCACAACUCGGUCGCCUCGGCCUCAUCGCCGCGCACCUUAUCCCCCCAGCUGCCCUUCCCUCGCGAUCGCCAGCUCUCCGGUGGCGUCCAUGCCAGCUACGAGAUCCGCGGCCAGUUCCCCGAGAUCCGGCGCCAGAGCGUGCCUUUGUCCGUUCACGAGGCCUAUUUCCCUCCUUCGUGGCCUGCUUCUUCCCGUCCGCAGUCGAGGCAUAUCAAGUCGCCGCCGCGGGACACGCGCAUGGGACUGGACAAUCUGCUCAACUAGGCGGGAUUCUCUGCGGCAUGAGCGACGAGUUUCUUUUGUUAAGAUACCUGAUUCCUUCCGAUCAUUUCUUUUGUAUGUACAGAGUGCAGGCACCUGAAAAGUAAUCAUAGAGUUCUCUCUACUAUUCUCUCUCUCUCU